CAAUAGUGUCUCUCAUUUAGCGACGAUUUGAUUGUAACCUAAAUUGUCCUCAAAUUACACACAAUUAGUGUUGAAUUGAAUGUAAAAUACGUUUAAUAAACAAUCGAUUGACGAGUCUUUUGUUGAGAUCUGUGUCUUAAGAAUGGAUCCAAUGAUAACAACCAAUGAUCCAAAUCCACAGAUGUCUGAAGUGACGGUUUCUGCGAACGGAUCCACUGGAGAGACGACAAGCGGUUCGUCGAGAAGAGUCUCAAAACGAACUAAAAGUGGCCGAAGUGUUGGCACUAAACGACAGACUGUCUCUCAAAGUAACGCCAAUAACGACAACAAUAGUAGCGAAACAAAUGAGUCCCAAAACACGGACAAUACGGAGACCACUGAUAACCUGUUAUCGAUGCCUGUCUUAAGCGCGAGUUUGGUUGUGACCAACGAUUCAGGCAUUGAGGCCAACGAACCGACGCUUGAUUUGAAUGAAGCGAAUACUCAAUUGAAUGGUAAUAUGAAUGCGGAAAACGAGGCCAACGUAUGCAUCGAUUAG